AUGAAGACGAACUCCGACAAGCUUGUGUCUCCUGCUGUCUGUGAAACCAACAACCACCACUCUUACUACCACAUCAUUCCCAACUACAGAACCAACAACCACCACUCUUACUACCACAUCACUCCCAACUACAGAACCAACAACCACCACUCUUACUACCACAUCAUUCCCAACUACAGAACCAACAACCACCACUCUUACUACCACAUCAUUCCCAACUACAGAACCAACAACCACCACUCUUACUACCACAUCACUCCCAACUACAGAACCAACAACCACCACUCUUACUACCACAUCAUUCCCAACUACAGAACCAACAACCACCACUCUUACUACCACAUCACUCCCAACUACAGAACCAACAACCACCACUCUUACUACCACAUCAUUCCCAACUACAGAACCAACAACCACCACUCUUACUACCACAUCACUCCCAACUACAGAACCAACAACCACUAUUCUCACUACCACAACACCACUUCCUACUACAACAAUAACAACAACCACAAUGCCAACCACCACUACACCCCUUACAACCACCACACCCAUCACAACACUUCCAACGACAGAACAAACAACCACCAUCCUUACUACCACAACUUUGCCUACCACCACAACACCUCCCACAACCACCGUAGCCAUCACCACAUUGCCAGCCACAACACCAACAACCACUUUGCCAACUACGACUCUUGUCUCCACCACACCACUAGCCACAACCACAACAACACCAACAACUACUUUUCUGCCAACAACCACACCCACAACAACAAUUCCACCUACUACGACAACUAA